ACUUUCCACAAUUUGCUAUCCAACAACAAGGCCUAAGAAGCUCACUAAAAAAGUUGCUGCAGUCGUCGCGGCUCGGAAAAAAAAGAGACCGACCAGGAAAUUUCUAGAAACUUCUUUCCCCCUUUUCUCCUCACCGCCACAUUCAAAGUCCAAGUUCGAUCCGGAUUCAGAUCCGCUACAGGAACUGAAGUAGUUUUUGAGGAUUCAAUUCAUGCACAUCCGUCCAUAAACGAACGAAAUCUCUGUUUCCAAGAUGCAGAGUCGUGGAUCGAAUCAACGGUUAUCGGCGAUGCUUUCCGGCUCACGACCGUCAACUCUUUUGUUCGCUAUGUUCUCUAUUGUGGCUGCAAUUUACGUUGCCGGCAGGCUAUGGCAGGAUGCGCAGAACAGAAUUUAUUUAAUUAAAGAACUUGACAGAAUAACUGGUCAGGGCAAAUCAGCUAUAUCAGUGGCUGACUCAUUGAAGAUCAUAGCCUGCAAGGAACAGCAGAAGAAAUUGGCAGCCCUUGAGAUGGAGUUGGCUGCAGCUAGACAUGAGGGUUUCGUUACAAAGCCCUCUUCAAGAGCUAGUGGGACUGGCUUGAAGAAAAGGCCUUUGGUAGUGAUAGGAAUUCAUACCUCAUUUGGCCAGAAGAGAAACAGAGAUGCAAUCCGUAAAGUAUGGAUGUUAACUGGUGCAGCUUUAAAAAAGAUGGAGGAUGAAAAGGGUAUAGUUGUUCGAUUCAUCAUUGGAAGAAGUGCAAAUCAGGGGGACAGUCUGGACAGGGCCAUUAUCAAUGAAAAUAGGCAGACCAAUGAUUUCAUUAUUCUUAAUGACCAUGUGGAGGCACCUGAGGAGCUUCCUAAGAAGACCAAGUUGUUCUUUGCUCAUGCUGCUGAUAACUGGGAUGCUGAAUUCUAUGCGAAAGUAAAUGAUGAUGUUUAUGUGAAUAUUGAUGCCCUGGUGACCAUGCUUGAAGCUCAUUUGCAGGUGUCUCGAACGUAUAUCGGUUGUAUGAAAUCAGGCGAAGUUUUUUCUGAUGUGGGCCAUAAAUGGUAUGAAUCAGAUUGGUGGAAGUUCGGUGAUGGGAAAUCGUACUUCCGCUAUGCAUCAGGUGAAAUGUAUGUCAUAUCCCGAGGAUUGGCUAAAUUCAUUUCAAUAAAUAGAUCUCUUAUAAGGACUUAUGCCCAUGAUGAUGCCAGUGUCGGAUCUUGGUUUAUUGGCCUCAAUGUUGAAUAUGUGCAUGAACCAAAGUUUUGCUGCUCAUCUUGGACAUCAGGUAUAGUGAGUAGGAGCUCUAGCAAUGUACCAUUUUAUCUGUCGGUGUCUUCGGCUACGACCUAUCCCAAGGGCCAUCUGGCUCAAUUCUGGUAGAUAUAAUGGAAAUGAAUAUUUGCUCAGUGGCAUUGCCUCAUCUUUGAUGAACAUCUUGUGUUUCAGGGGCCAUAUGUUCCGGCGUUUGAUUCAAGCUGUUUGGUGAUCCUGAGAAGAAAUUAUAAAGCUGAGGUUUAUAGGGUUUUAUUAUGCAGCUCUUAGAUGUCUGACUUUAGGUUUGACAAGGAAAGCAAACAUGUGCAGCUCCCUCACUGUAUUUGAUUCUUGGUUUCUUGCCUUCCAGAUAUAUUGCGGACACUGGACAGUGCAUGCAAACCAAUAACGGUCUCCUGCGGCAGGCGAUCUACAUAAAUCAUUAACAAAAUUGUGGGGAAAAUUUUGUGGACCUUUACAGCUGAAAAUGAUGAAUCAUAUUCUGCUUUUGGUUUCUUA